UCCAAAUCUAGAAAGAAGCAGUUGGUCCCUGCCUUCAUUCGAGUGCCAAGCCUCUAAGGCAGAAGCAGGAGUCAUUUCUCCAGACUGGGCUGGCCUGUGUGGGUGUUCAGCUGGUUGUUUCCAUCACCUCACGAAAGAUAUCCUGAUCAAAUUUCUUCAUGGCUUGUAUUGAAAAUGUCCUUGGAGGGCACGCUCCCUCACCCAUGAUAGUAGCUGUGGACAAAAAUGGGAACCAGGAGCUGCACCACGACAUGCCCCUGCAAUGUCUGAGUUCCAAGCUGGAGGAUGACGCAGAGCCCUGGGGUCAAACUCAAGUACCGCUGAGACCUUCCGUCAAUGUGCUGACUGAUCUGGCUAGAGAGCAACUGGAGUGCCCCUCUGAGAGAACAGGAUCCUGCAUUCCUGUUCAUAGUUUGAGAGCUCUCAUACACCCCUAUGGUCCACCACCUGCUGUUGCAGAAGAGUCCCUAGCAACAGCAGAAGUAAAUAGCUCGGAUGCACUGGCAGGCUGGAGGCAGGAGGGACAGGAUGCUAUUAAUGUGUCCUGGGAAGUCUCUGGUGGUCCUCCUGCAAUGAUAGGAGGGGGCACAAAUGUCAACAAUGGAGGCACUGAGAGAGGUAGUAAUAAUGCAAGGUUGCAUGUGGCUUUGCCACGAGGUAAAGGGUUUUUUGCACCCAGGUGCCCACAAGUGAGAGGCCCUUCACAUAUUCCCACCCUUAGAUCAGGGAUAGUAAUGGAGGUGCCUCCUGGAAAUACACGAAUAGCCUGCAGGGGAAAGCUGGCUCAUGUUUCUUUUCCACUCAGGGGCCCAUGCCACCCCAUGCAUAAUUGGCCAAGGCCUAUCCCGUUGUCUUCCAGUACUCCAGGUUUACCUUCUUGUUCUACUGCUCAUUGCUUCAUCCCUCCUCGACCUCCAAUUUUCAAUCCAUUUCUCACUAUGCCUAUUCCUUUUGCUCCUCCUCUGAUAUGUCCUCCACUGCCUUCUUAUUUUGCCCAUUUCCAUUCUGCGGGAAUGCCAACUCCUGCAUCACCCACCAGAGAGCACAGCUGAUGGCGAAAAUUAAUAAAAGGAGGAAAAAAGGAUUUUCGAAAGAGGUGAAAGUUAUUCAUGUAUGCUUUUACAUUUGACACCUUGUACCCUCCCACACUCUGUUUAGCACUAAUGUGCCCUACAUACUGGAGAUUUAAUAAAGAAUGUGAAGUUUGAAA